AAAUUUUUUACGAAAAAAAAAAAAAAAAAACAGGUUUAUAAUUAAAAAAGAAAAAUAAAAAAAAAUAGUUGUUGAAAUAAUGUUUGUCCUUGGUAUGUCGUUCUCGUUAUCCUUGCAAUAUCCGCACCGUCAGUUUCACUGCCCACGCGUCGCCUCUGCAUUUCUACUGACACUCGUUUCUCACCCAGUCGACGAUGAGAUGACGAGAAUGCUUUAAUCCUGUGCGACACACUCAAAGAGAAUAAUCUACGGAAUAAAUAUAUGCAUAUAUAUUACGGUGGUGAAUAAAGGACAUUUUUUAUUAUUUAUUUUAUUACUCCAAGUGAAGACACUAUUUCAAAAGUUUCACUGGCUUCGCCUGGAGCUGAUCGAACAACAAGGAAUCAAAUAAAAAAAUCAUUACCAUUGCAUCACCACAAUAUCCAACAAUUGAAUGCUGUAAUUGUGUCAAGAGGAAAUUAAUUAAUGACGUAGAAUUUAUUUAUUGGAGUCAAUGAUUGAUCGAUUAUGAUAAAAGACAUCAAGCAUUAUCUCAAAACACUAGGUGAAGGCCAGGUGUAGUUGUCAUCAAAGUCAAAGCAUAAAUUUAAUUUGGAAUAAUCACAAUCAUAAUUUCAACGAUGAUAUAGCAGCUGGUAGUAGUGGAGUUAUUAAUUAACAAGUGGAUCCAUAUCAAGUUGAAGGGAUCGGAGGAUGGAGAAUUCUGCCGUGUGGAAUGAUCCAAGGAUGAAUAGUGCUGCUGCUGCUACUGUUACUGCAACAACUGUUACGACUACAGAUAGAUUUGUAAAUGAAGCAAGUAUUCCUGGUGUAACAACUGCAACCGGUAGUGUAUGUGUUGGAAGGGAGGUGGAAGAUGAGGAGGAUGCGAUCGUGUCGUCGGUUUGUCCGUGCCAACUAUUGGUAGUUACCAAACCGAUAGACAGAGUUAUAGCGGGUAAAUGCGUUGACCACUAGAGCAUCCUGCCUAAUUCUCAAGGUGUAUUUUCGGUGAGGAGGAGAAAGAGAGGAGAGAGACUCACAAAGAACCUGGGAAGACUAUCGGUGAUCUCUGAUCUCUGGAAGAGCUAAGGAAAGGGAAGGGAGCAGAAUGCACCACAGCUCCAGUGGUUAUUCCACUGGUGGUGGUGGUGGUGGUGGUGGUGGUCCGCAAGAACGUGUCCACCAAGUGUCGAGAGCCUCGGGAACCACUGGCACCAGCGUGGAUGCUAAGUGUCCGUAUGAGAGCUAUCAUGCACCGAUACCGGAUUGCUGCGCUGCUGCGGCAGCUGCUGCGGCUCAGGAUCCAUACCCACGGCCACCCAGUGGCUAUGACACGAGAUGCUUCGAGGAAUGCCGUAUAAGGACGCCUUAUCCAGAUGAAAAUACCCAGGAAAUGCCGCAAGGCUCACACCGGCCGCAGUCCCGUGUGGGUUUCGAGGAUCGUCCGCAGUCACGAGUGGGUGGGUACCCGACUGACUCGAGGUGUCCUAGCAGACUUGACUACGACGACACUGGAGGUGGCGGAGGUGGAGGAGGCGGCGGAGGUGGCGGUGUUGGGAUUGGGGGUGUUGGUUACCUGGACCAAAACGAUCCGCGGAUGUACUGUACUGGUACAUACUGCAUGGGUGACACCAUGAUGGCUAGUGCCAGGGGUAUAUGUGGUGAAGAGGUCGAGCUCGAUAUGCGUCGGCAUAUACAAGCAUGCGCUUGCACCUGCAAUCACAUGGGCUACGGAAAUUACAUGGAUUAUCAGACAACGUGCCUAACAGAACUCCCAGACGUAGCGCCCUGCAACGGGACUGUGCGUUUACCGCCAACUUGUGAGGAGUCACCCAGCUCUGGAAGCAGCAAGGACCAGAGGAGCCAGAGUCCUAGACGCAGAUGUCGGAUCUUAGCACCGAUAUUACUACUGAUAAGUGCUCUACUACUGGGAGGACUCUGUCUACCAUUUAUACUACAAACUGCCCCUGCCAAUCACGAACAGAGGCUCGAUGUUAUCCGAAGAAUUCUCACUGAAGUGCCUCUGAUUGAUGGGCACAAUGACUUGCCCUGGAACGUGAGGAAGUUUGUGCACAAUCAACUAGGAGAGGUGAAUCUCAGCAGUGACCUAGGCAGAAUUGACCCCUGGGCCAGGUCCGACUGGAGUCACACGGAUAUACCGAGAUUGCGCGCCGGACUUGUUGGUGCUCAGUUUUGGUCAGCUUAUGUGCCCUGCGGCGCAGCUCAACUUAACGCUGUACAGCUGUCUCUUGAACAGAUAGACGUGAUACGGAGACUUGCUGAGAUGAAUGCUCAACAUCUUACCCUUGUUACUUCUGUACAAGGUCUUCUGGAUGCUCACCGGGAAGGUAAAAUUGCAAGUCUGAUCGGCGUGGAGGGUGGUCACUCCCUCGGCAACUCACUGGGCGUCCUAAGGACAUUUUAUGGUCUGGGAGCGCGAUAUCUAACACUGACACAUGCGUGCGACACGUCCUGGGCAGUUUGUUCUGUUGGCGAGGCCAAUGGUACGCAAGACAACGUUCCAGGUCUUAGUGAUUUUGGCAAGGCAGUCGUGAGAGAACUGAACAGACUUGGUAUGCUGGUGGAUCUCUCUCACGUAUCAACGAGAACGAUGAGAGCUGCGCUUCAAACCACGAGGGCGCCGGUCAUUUUCUCUCACAGUGCUGCACGAGCUCUCUGCAAUUCCAGCAGAAACGUGCCUGACGACGUGCUCAGAAAUCUGGCUAAAAACGGCGGCAUCGCUAUGGUACCUUUUUAUACAUACUUCAUAACGUGCAACAGUACUGCAACAAUAAAAGACGUGAUCGCACACAUCAAUCAUAUAAGGAAAGUAGCAGGUAUCGAUCAUGUGGGUAUCGGAGCAGGUUUUGAUGGAAUAAAUUUUACACCAACUGGACUGGAAGAUGUUUCAAGAUAUCCUCAACUGUUGGCAACCCUUCUCGAAGACCCAAUGUGGACUGAAGAGGACAUAAAGAAACUAGCUGGCCUCAAUCUAUUGAGAGUUUUCUCGAGAGUCGAAGAGGUACGUGAUGAGUGGCAUAAAGCAGCAGUGCUACCUGUUGAGAAAAUAAGCCCACCAGAUAACUCAGCCUGUGCAUAUGGCGCAUCUUGAUCCUCUUUAAGAACAUUAGUACCAGGAUUCCUCGAUUUCGGACAUAUUCCCAAAAUUUAUCAUGGUCCACCAGAUCCCAAUGCCAAAAUCCACGUGGAAAAAGCAACGAGACAUUCAUAAAAUUAAUAACUAUAUUCAAAAAUAAAAACAAUAAUAACUAUUAUUAUUAUUAUUAAUCAUAAAUUUUCAUUUACUCAAAAAUUGAUAAAUUAACUGGUGAAAAGAAAAAUAAAAUUUAGAACAAGUUUUUUUUUUAAACUUGAUAAAAGAUGUUUUCCACGCUCACUUCUCUAGACUCUAGUUUUUAAAAAAAUAUAGAAAAAUUUACGAUAAAAAAAACUAUAAAAUAAAAUUAUAAUAAUAAAAAAAUUUGAAUCACUUUCUGAAAUAAUAUUUGCUUUACAUCAAUUCCUCAGGUAUGCUUAAAACAAUUAUGUUAGACAUCUGGAGUAAUGUAUAAUUUUAUUAACAUAGAGGUAGAAUUGAAAGUAUGUUAAACGGCCGAAGUUACAAUAAGGAAAAAAUUAAAAAAAUGGAUUAAUAAAUAUUAGAGAUUAAUAGACUUAAAUAAAGAAAAUAAAAUUAUUGUCACUGUUGUCGAUUUUGUUUAUUAAUCUUUUUUAUUAAAUGUUAAUUAAUUACUAAUAAAAUUAAUAGCUAAAUUAAAUUAAAAGACCGCUAGCUUUUGCAAUAACCAAAAUCGACCGGGCGCGUAGAGCAGUGAAAUAAAUUUUCAAUGCUUAUCGAAAAAUAAUUUAUUACGGAAAUAGUUAAUUGUCGAGUAUUUUUAGUAGAAACAUAUUAAAAGAAUUUAUUUGUGCUAUAAUUAUUCAUUUUCAAACAAGUAAUACUUUUGGUACACUUUUUUUAAAAAUAAAAUAAACCAAAAUUACACUAAACUAAACAAUAAAAUAAUAAUAGUGAGCUCUAUGAUCGCGAAACAGAUUCAAUUAAGAGUACACUUAUAUUAUAUUCUCUUCAUGAACAUUUUUAACUUCCCGCUUAGAAAAAUUGAAUAUUAAAAAAAAAUAUUAAAUAUACAUUAAAAAAAAAAUUA